AUGUCUAGGGAACUUAAGGAAAUUAAGGCUAAAGUAGACAAAUGUGAGUAUUGCCGAGGGGGACACGACACGAGUGCGUGCCCAUUGUUAGUUGGAGAGGAGCAAGUUGAUUUUGUAGGAGGUUUUGGUAGAGGUCAACCUAGCGGGUUUGCUCAAAAUACCAAUAGGGGUCAGGGUUCACUUUUUGGUUGGGGUUCAAAUGGGCAUUUCAACAAAGGGUUCAAUAGGCAGGUCAAAGAUGGGGGGUCAAAUAAUCAGGGUCAAACAGGUCAAGGUCCAAGUUUUGAUUUAGGGGGUAGCAUAGAAAGAAUGGAGGCUAUGAUGAGCCAGCUAGUUGUUAGGGACCAAACCACUCAAAAGACCCUUAGUGAACAUGACCUCAUGCUUAAGAACCAUCAAGCCUCCUUCCAAGACCUCCAAAGGGUCGUAGGUGAUAUGUCUAGGAAGCUAGAAGAGAGAUUACCCGGUCAGUUUGCGGGUAACACCCAACCGAACCCUAAUGCCCAUGCUAAAGCCAUUACCACCCGUAGUGGCAAAACCGUAGGGAACCCGAGUGUAGAGGAGAGAAUAGUCGAUGAGGAUGGAGAUAUUAUUGAUGAAGUGAUCGAGAUGGAGGCUCCCCGCAAAGUGCAAAAGAGGCUAAGCCCAGUAAGUACCGCACAACCUGGUGAGUCUCAAGUUGAGAAGAAAGUUGAGAAAACCCCUAUAGACGUUAGACCUUCACCUUUAGUAAACCAUUCGUAUAUUCUGUUUCCCUCACGUCUUAAGAACCAAAAAUACUCAAGGGAAUACGGGCAAUUCUUAGACAUCUUCAAGCAAUUGAAGAUUAAUCUUCCGUUUAUCGAGGCACUUCAAUCGAUGCCUAAAUACGCGAAAUUCUUGAAAGAUCUUCUUAGGAACAAAGAGAAGUUGGGGGAGUUGUCGAACGUUCUGUUGAAUGGAGGGUGUUCCACCGUUGUGUUAAAUAAGCUUACCGAUCCCCGUAUUUUUACCAUUCCUUGA